GUGACCUUUUCAGCACGGCUUUUCUUUCGCUCAGUCAUGGAGUACAGACCGCACUACAGUCAGCCAUUCACGCUGCAAGAAGCGGCGCACAUGGAUGUGCCUGUCAUUACCGAAGAGAUUGGACGACUACAAAACUCAUUGGUCCACUUGAAGAGGACCCAAGACGAGCUACAAAUGGCGGCAAAAGCAGAUCCUGAUCCUGAGUUCAUCAAGGCCAUAGAAGAGAAUGAGCUCGUCAUAGGUUCGCAACAAGAACGAGUAGCGAUCCUAAAGAUGGCGCUAACUGAGAGAGGCAUCCUGAUGGGCAGCCAUUACGAUGUGGCUUCCCUACCCCCGAAUGAACCCAGCCGAACCAUAACGCAAACGUCAAGUGAAACAAUAGCCGGCGGGCGUCCCGAUGAUUUUCAAUCGGGGGAGACGGUCGAUGAGCAUGGCGUCUACCUAUAAUCAAGAUGACUGAUAAUCAUGCUGAAGGGAAAAGUCGUUCACGACUAGUCGGGCGAUAUGUUUAUCAUACAUUGCUUUGUGUAUUUCUACAAACCUAAACUUGUACAUACAACAUGAUUUCGACACAAAGUCAAAAAGAAAACGAUUC